GGGUCUGCAAAUUGAGAUCAGUAGCAGAAAUGGAUAUUGAAUCAUUGAAGAAAUUCUUGGAGAAAGAAGGAGGCAACUAUGAAACCUCAGUGGAUUCCAUGCCUGCAAGAUUUAUUGAACCCUUUGUCUCCCAUGGGAUAAAGGUUGACCUUGUUGAGCCGGGUCGGAUUCUCUGUUCUUUCAAAGUUCCUCUUCGUCUAGUGAAUGCCGGUAAUUUUCUACAUGGCGGAGCUACGGCGACUCUGGUGGAUAUUAUGGGUUCUGCUGUUGUUCAUACUGUAGGUGCGCCACUCACUGGUGUAUCACUUGAGAUCAACGUUUCAUAUUUGGAUGCUGCUUAUCUCGGAGAGGAAAUCGAACUUGAAGCCAAAGUAUUACGUGUUGGGAAGUCAAUCGCUGCUGUCACUGUUGAGUUGAGGAAGAAAAAGACGGGGAAGAUAGUUGCACAAGGUCGCCAUACCAAGUAUUUGGCUGUCAAUAGUAAGCUUUGAGCUACAUAUACUUUCUGAAAAAACUUCCCAUACAUAUAUGGGACGUGAAUCCAUAAGUAGUUUUGGCAUGUAUUGUGCAAUUGAACAUUCAAGUACAGAAUCAUUUUUUAUCACAAUGAAUGAUCGUUAUAAUGAGAUUUGACUGUAUUACGAAA